AUGGAUCAACAACAGCAAAGUAACAAAGCUCAUAGAGGUGGAUCAAAGAAGGUUGGAGCAAAGAAAAAGUUGCAUAAUGAUGGACAGAACAAGAAGGCGUUUGCUGUUUCUGCUCCAAGAAAAUUGGAACGUAUGGCAAGACGAUCUCACGAUGUGAAUGAAAAGAAAUUGCAUGUUCCGAUGGUCGAUAGAACACCUGACGAUGACCCACCACCUAUUAUUGUUGCGGUGGUUGGGCCUCCUGGUACAGGUAAAUCUACUUUGAUCAAGUCAUUGAUUCGAAGAUUAACUAAAACCACAUUAUCGGAAAUCAAUGGACCAGUCACUGUAGUCAGUGGUAAGAGGAGAAGAUUAACUUUUAUUGAAGUUAACAACGACUUGAACUCCAUGAUUGAUAUUGCCAAGGUGGCAGAUUUGGUUUUGUUGUUAAUCGACGGUAAUUAUGGUUUGGAGAUGGAAACUAUGGAAUUCUUGAAUAUUGCUCAACACCACGGUAUGCCAAGAGUAUUGGGUGUUGCUACACAUUUGGAUUUGUUCAAAUCACAACUGACUUUAAGAACUAGUAAGAAAAGGUUAAAGCAUAGAUUUUGGACAGAAGUUUACCAGGGGGCUAAAUUGUUUUACUUAUCAGGGGUCAUCAAUGGUCGUUAUCCGGAUAGAGAGAUUUUAAACUUGUCGAGAUUCAUUUCUGUGAUGAAAUUCAGACCUUUGAAAUGGAGAAAUGAACAUCCAUACUUAUUGGGUGAUAGAAUUACUGACUUGACUCAUCCUCAAUUAAUUGCAGAAAAUCCUAAAUGUGACCGUAAGGUAGCAGUAUAUGGUUAUCUUCAUGGUACACCAUUACCAUCAGAAAAUGCUCACGUACAUAUAGCCGGUGUUGGUGAUUAUUAUGCUAGUUCUGUUGAAAAAUUACCUGAUCCUUGUCCAACACCAUACUUUGAGCAACGUUUAGAAGAAAUUGAAAGAGAAAAGUUGAAAAAUGCGAGUGAGUCAGGAAGUGAAGUUGCCAAAACUACUAGACGUAGAAAGAGAUUGGAAGACAAGCAAAAGAUUAUUUAUGCACCAAUGUCAAAUGUUGGAGGUGUUUUGGUCGAUAAGGAUGCCGUGUAUAUUGACAUCGGUAAAGAGAGUUUUAAGAAUUCAGGAGAUUCAAAUGAGAUUCAAGGUGAAGGUGAAAAACUUGUCACUGACUUGCAGGAAGUUACUAAAACUAUGGCUGAAAGAUUAGAAGAGGAUUCAGGAUUACAAUUGUUCUCCAAUUCUAAAGUAUUAAAUGAGGUGGAAGAAUAUGAAUCUGAUGAUGAUGAGGAGGACGAUGAAGAUGACAACGAAGAGGUUGUUGACACAGGUCGUUCCACUUUGAGAAAAGCUAGAGUUUAUGGAAAGUCUAUUGCUGAAGAUGAUGAAUUCGAUGGUGUUGUUUCAGGGGACGAAGAUAAUGAUGAUUUAUCAAGUGAUGACGAUGAUGCUAACCUGCGUGUUCCACGAACUGUCGAGGUAGAUUUUGGAGCCAAUAACAAAUAUCGUGAGAAUGAAUUAGAAUAUGAAGAAGACUCCAGUUUAUCAUCGGACGAAGAUUACUAUAAGUCUGCAGCUACCAAAUUAAAAGGGUCGGUGCAAAGAAGAUGGAAUAUUAACAAGUUGUUAUAUUUGAAUACUUUAGAUCCAUUAGAUGUUUUAAAGAAGUGGAGAAAUGAAGAAACUGAUGAUGAGGAAGAGGAAGAUAUUCGAAAAGUUGACGACGAAGAUGACACUUUCUUCACUAAAAAGAAGACUCUUAAUUACCACGAAGAUUUGGAUCUUUCCAAGCCUAGUUUCCCUUCGCUUGAAGUCUUGAAGGCUAAAUUCGAUAAGAAUAAUGAUAGUUCAAGUGAUGAUGAAUAUGAAAAUGGGUAUAAACUUUUAAAGGCUCGUUUGUUGACUGCACCAGAUUUGAACUCUCUGAAUGAUGUGGAGGGAGAUGAAAACAACGGUGGCAAUAACGGAGAUGACGAUGACGAAGAAUUGUACGGUGAUUUUGAAGAUUUGGAAGCCGGUGAUAAUGAUGGUGACGAAGAGAGUGAAAAACCACAAACCAAAUCCGAUUCUGAGGAUGAAGAUGAUUUUGCUGACUUUGAAGCGGAAGAGCAGAAAGACAAUGGUGUUGAAGAUCCAAACGAAGAGUCUAUGACUACUGAAGAGAAAAGACAGUUGAAUGCCGCCAAGAAAGCAAAAUUACAAUUACAAUUUGAAGAGGAAGAAGACCGAGAAUUCGGAGCAGAUGAUCCUGAAGAAGAGGCAGAAACUUGGUACGAAUUUCAGAAAAAUAAAAUGGCCAAGCAAUUGGAAAUCAACCGUGCAGAAUAUGAGGAAAUGACUCCAGAUUUGCGUAUCAAAAUUGAAGGUUAUCGUGCUGGUUCAUAUGUAAAGAUAGUAUUUGAGAAUAUGCCAUGUGAAUUUAUUGACAACUUCGAUCCACUGUAUCCACUUAUUUUGGGUGGUUUGCUCAACACAGAAUCCAGAUUUGGAAUCAUGAAUGCCAGAAUAAGACGACACAGAUGGCACAAGAAAAUCUUAAAAUCACAAGAUCCAUUGAUUCUAUCAUUGGGAUGGCGUCGUUUCCAAACAUUGCCAAUAUAUACAACUAGUGAUUCUAGAACUAGAAACAGAAUGUUGAAGUAUACUCCUGAACAUGCUUAUUGUUUUGCUUCAUUCUAUGGGCCAUUGGUUGCUCCUAACACAACAUUCGUUGGAUUUAACCUUGUUGACAAUGGUUCUACAACAGGAGCUUUUAGAGUUGCAGCUACAGGUAUUAUUGAGGAUUUGAAUGCCAGCACUGAAAUAGUCAAAAAGUUGAAAUUGGUUGGGUAUCCUUACAAGAUUUUCCGAAACACUGCUUUUAUCAAAGAUAUGUUUUCAAAUUCAUUGGAGGUUGCUAAAUUCGAAGGUGCUCAGAUCCGAACAGUGUCAGGUAUCAGGGGUGAAAUUAAGCGUGCAUUGUCAAAACCUGAUGGUUAUUUCAGAGCUACCUUUGAAGAUAAAAUAUUAAUGUCAGAUACUAUCUUCUUAAAAACCUGGUAUCCAGUGAAAGUCAAGAAGUUCUAUAAUCCUGUGACCUCGUUGUUAAUUGAAAGACAAUCUGAAUGGAAAGGUAUGAGACUUACUGGACAAGUUAGGGCUGAAGCAAAUAUUCCUACCCCAUUGAAUAAUGAUUCUCAAUACAAGAAGAUAGAAAGAGCCGAAAGAAGGUUUAAUCCAUUGAAAGUACCUAAAUCAAUUCAAGCUGAAUUACCAUUCAAGUCACAGAUACAUGCAAUGAAGCCGCAAAAGAAGAAAACCUACAUGAGUAAGCGUGCUGUUGUGUUAGGAGGUGAAGAAAAGAAAGCUAGAGACUUGAUACAAAAGAUCAACACUAUCAGGAAAGAAAAGGAUUCGAAGAGAAAAGCCAAGAAGGAUGAGAAAUUUAAAGAGAAGUUAAAGAAGAUCGCCAAAGUUGAAGAGCUUCGAAAAGAGAAAGAACGUGAAAGAAAGAAGGAAUUUUUCAGCAAGGAAGGAAAGAAAAGAAAGUUGGCAUCUAGUGGAAGUCAAGCCUUUGGCAAAAAACAAAAAGUAUAG